GUGAUUGUUUGCUAGGCAAGUACACUAAAUUCAGCAGGCAUUUUAAAUUUUUAUUUCGAUUGAAAAAAGUGCAGCAUAUCUUUGAAAAUUUCACCUGUCAAUAUAUCAUCUGUAAAACUCAAGAAAUCUUACUUAGUUUCAUCAACCAGUGGGCCGCCUGUCGUCCAAACGCACGAACAACACGAAUGAAAUCGCUAUUUAAACAGUCGCAACCACCAGGCUAGAAAAUGAGUGGAUUUCCCAGUCCGAAUUUUGGCAGAUUGACCUCGAACCGACAGGGCAGCCCUGCCAAUUCAGGCCUGAAAUUCAACACCAGCUUUGCAAAAUAUUCGCCGAUCAUGAGCGCCCAGUCCAACAGUGAGUCAGGUCCGUGGAGCAGCACGGAAAAUUCGCACUGCGGCGACGCGUCUCAACCUGGUAGCCCGAUGUCGCCUUUGUUUAAAAGUUCGCCUCGCAGCAACGUUGACUUCAUCCCCUUAAGCUCUAGCAGUCCCAGCGCUGGAAACAAUCCAUCCUCAGCUCCAAGCGCUCGCUUCCGGGGCAGAGGUCGCGGAAAAUGGACAGUGCAGCAACGGUUUUAUCAGCAGUCCAACAUGAGUUUCAACAACAACAGUGGUGGUGCCAACAACUUUGGUGAAUACAGUGGCUUUGGUUCUGGACUGUCCCCUUAUGGCAACAGCCGAAAUUCGUUUUCCCCUAGACGAAGGUUUCAGAGAAGAGGUGGUCCUAGUAACGUUGGCCACAAUUCGCCAAUGGCAGAUGUUUCACUGUUUUAUAAACAUUCAAUGGUUGAAGACCCUUGGGCUCCAUUGGAGCACCGUUUGGCUAUUACUGCGAGCAGAGCUGCGGCCAAUCCAACUCGUACAGCUCUGCAGUUGAGUGACUCUGACGAUCUCGAAAAGGGACGAGGUGCCUCUGCAAGUGACGAGUCUGAAGCAGAGCCUGCUUCCUCAGACACUGCUUAAGUUGGUGCCAUUUUGUGUGAACGUUUUUCCGACUGCUUACGAUCUUAAAUUUUAUGCCAGGUCUUAGGUUUUGUACGGCCUACCAAAAAUUAUAAAUUGUGAGGACAAGGGUACAAUGUUCAAAUUCAAAUAAAUUUUACUGCUAAGCAAAA